AUGUGUCGACGCCCUAAGAAAACUGAAAGCGUAUCUGUCUUUGCCGCCACUACUCGUGAAAGCGGACCCGGGAGAAUGUCUACUUGUAUAUCUAGUAGUGUCCGAAGUUGCGGUUUGAAGUUAGCCCUCAAAUAUAGCAACCAACGGCUUGUCCUCUAUUGCGACUCCCAACUCAUGGUGAACCAAGUCACUGGACUUUCCAAGUCGAAGAACAGAGUUUACAGAAAACUUGAGGAUGCUAAAGGGCUAUGGCCUGAACUACUACCGGAAGUACUAUGGGCAUACCGCACUACGCCAAAAACCAGCACAGGUGAGAUGCCAUAUUCACUGGUUUACGGGACUGACGCAGUAAUACCAGUCGAGGUCAGAGAGCCCAGUUUGAGAUACUCCAACGAGAGCGGACCAAGCAACGACAAAAGUAGGCUACAAGAUCUGGAUGAAGUCGAAGACGGAGAGACAUGGCCCACAUAA